AUGUGUAAUAGUGUCAUGUGUAUAUGGCAUAUACACAAUGGUCUUGUAUUAUUCUAUUUGUUCGUUACUAAUAAAUUUGUUUAUUCACAAUUUUUAUCAUCAUCUGACACAUUUUUUCCGCCUGCCUCCAGUCCAUUAUCGACACUAUCAAAGGUUAAAAAUCUUCCUCAUGUUCAGUGUAUAACAAAUGGCGCUUUAGCCGGUUCAAUUAUUGGUACAUUAAUAUUUUCAUGUUUUGUGGCAUUUCUAACAUAUUUAGUCUAUUUACGACCAAAAUUUCAAGAACUUCAUUCCUGGAAGACAGGCUGUUUAAAGAGUGUUUCACCUUAUUUUAAUUCUGCUGAUGCUACAUACGAUAAUCAUUGUCAUGCCAAUCAUGAUCUACAAUCACAUACGAAAAAACAAGUACAACAACAAAUACCCAAUGAUACACGUAUAUUUCUUUUAUUCUCUACUUUAACAUUAAUUCGUAUCAUUAUAUUUUUAGAUACAUUAACGAAUGGAAUAUUACCACUUGCGAUCACUGAUGUCAAAUUUGGUACAUAUCCAUUUCGGCAAGCACUGACUCCAAAUGCUCAUCAUCACCAAUGUAAACGUCAAGGUGAAAAAAUGUUAACAAUAGCUCCCGCUCAAUGGUUUCAUCGAACAUCAUCAUUUCGUUCAAUGAAUAUUGAUCAAGAUAAUGAACUAAUUGAAGUUGAAUUAAUCAGUCCUGAUUUGAGUGGUCUUGGAUUUAAUAUUGUUGGAAAUAUGCGAGCGGGUAUUUAUGUUAAAGAUGUAUUCGAUAAAGGGCCAGCAAUUGAAUCAAAAUUAAUUAAAUCGGGUGAUCGUAUAAUGUCAGUAACAGUAUGUUUUGAAUCAGUUGUAUUUGAAGAUGCACUUACGAUACUAAGUUACGCGUCACCAUAUCCCGUCCUCCUUCGUUUACAUCGUUCAUUACAAAAUUCAAAGCGUACGACAAAUGCAAAACCACAAGUCACUUGGCAAGACGAUUUUGAAGAAGAUGAUAAUAAAAUUUACUCUAAAAAUGAAUCAAAAAAACGUGUACAACAAAUAGUUACUGAAAAAUCUAGUCAAAAUAGAUCAAAAAAGAGACAAAAACAAUCUCAUAAUAGUCGUUCAUCGACAACGCAUGGUGCUCGUACAGCAAUAACAACAACAACACCAACAAAACCCACAUCAAAAGGUAAAAUUGCCCCAUCAAAACGUUCAUCUCAGUCUGCGCGACCGCUACGUGAAAAACCGCCUGUUCCGUCAACAGCAGCAAUUGGUGCCCUAGUUACGGGAACAACAUCGUCGGCAGCACCAACCACAACCACGACGAAAUUAAAUCCAACUAAAAAAAUGAAAUCUGUAACGGAUGCUGUUAUCGCCUAUUUGCACUAUAAAGGCAGUGGAACAGGAGGUCAGAAUUCUCAAGAUCCAACUGCUUCGGAACCUUAUUAUGAUUCGCCAUACGAGUGUUAUUAUGGCGCACAACAAAAUUCUCAUACAAACUUAAAUAAGAACAAUAACAAUAAUGCAUCUGAUCACAUAUCACCAAUCUAUACUGUUCAAUUAACACCAUCCAAACAAUUUCUACAUUCUUGCCAUAUCCCAAGGAAAUGUAAACAACAUUUAUCUCGACAGAGUGUUAUCCAAAAUGAAAUGUUAAACUCAAUAUCUAUCGACGACAUAUCGACUGAUACUUAUGUUUAA